GUUCAGUUCAGUUCAGUUCAGUUCAGUUCAGUUUGACAAGAUCGGAACCGCAUCAACAAUAAGAAGGCGAAGAUCAGGGUAUUAUCUCCAUUAUUGCAGUGAGUGUUCGGUUGACCGUUUAGUUAUCUAGAGCUGGUACCGGUAGCUGGAGACACAAAGCACAAACCCGCCCAAAGGAGACGGCAGUAGGAAGGAAGGAUCAGAGGAGCUUCUGGCAAAAGAAGAGGAUCCCAGAAAGUAGUAGUGGAAAGAGGCAUCUAUACAUCUAUAUCAAUACAUCCACCAUGGCACCCAAGGAAACAGUGGUCGAUGAUGACGGCAGCAAGAAGAAGGGGGGAAGAAACUUUUUCAAAAUGUUCAAAGUCUGUUGUACAGGAAAGGAGGCUUCCAAACCAGGACUAUUGGAUGACGGUGGCAAUGAGGUCAUGGAACGGUUCGACUCGGCCAAGAUUUUGAAACGAGAACAACAGAUCCAUCUACACACGCAACGUCGGUCCAAACGUCGUGAAAAAAUCGCUGCCAAAAAGAUUGAUAUCAGCAAGGGCGAUGUCGAUCUCAUGAAAUUCCCCAAAACAGAACACGAACGGGAAUUCCUAGAUGAAGCUCUGGGAGAAAACUUUAUCUUUUCCGAUCUCUCCGAUCAGGAACGUCAUCGCCUCAUUGAUGCCAUGCAAAAACAGGUCGCAUCCAAGGGUACUGUCAUUAUCAAGGAAGGAGACGUGGGAGAUUUCUUUUAUGUCGUCGAGGAAGGUAUUGUCAACUUCCACAUUAAAAGUAACAAAGAACCAGUCGGAAACUGUACCAACGGAGAGUCCUUUGGGGAAUUGGCGCUCCUCUACGAUGCUCCUCGUGCGGCGACCUGCAUCGCCGCACAAGAUACCGUCCUUUGGAAGGUAGACCAGAAUACAUUUCGAGUCUUACUCGCGAGGCAAGCCGUCUCCAGAGAAGAAACCAUUGUCGGAUGGCUCAAAAAGGUGCCCCUCUUUGGACAGUCGCUCAGCGAUGCACAGCUGCGCAAAUUCGCGGAAACACUCACACCCGUCAAAUUCUCCGCGGGAGAACGAAUCGUCAACAAGGGGGACAACGGGGAUAUCUUUUACAUUAUCGUCGAAGGAAAGGUCAAGGUCCACGAAAUUGGUCUCGGUGAUAGUCAGGGUGUCGUGCAAUCCUACACCCAGGGUGAUUGGUUCGGUGAACGAGCCCUGCUCACAGGAGAAAAGCGGGCUGCCAAUGUCACUGCCAUUACCGACGUCAUGACCGAAGCCACCGAUCGACAGACGUUCGAACGGGCUCUGGGACCGUUCCAGGAUCUCUUGGAUAAGGAGAUGAAAAAACGAACCCUAAAGGGUAUCCCCAUGUUUGACUCCAAGAAAAUCAACGAUUCCGAUCUGGACAAGCUUGUCACGUUGCUCUCGGAACAGUCAUUCGCAGAGAGUACCAAACUCGCCGAAGAAGGAAAACCGCAUCCACAGUCGCUGUGGAUAAUCAAAAGCGGGGAAAUUGUGAUAUACGACAACAAGGGACAAGUUUUCAAUUUGCACAGUGGAGACUACUACGGUGAUAAUUCCAUUCGUGAAGAAGCGGGAAAAAACAGUCAGCAAAAUGUGGAAUGCAAGUCCGCUACAACCUGCUGGGUCAUUACUCGUAGCGAAAUCGAGAGUGUCAUUGGAGACAUGAAGAAGUCGUCGAUGUUGCCCGCCUUUGUUCGAUCGGAUCGAAGGGAAAACAUCACCAUCGCCGAAGUGAAAAAGCAUCGAAUUCUGGGAAGUGGCGCCUUUGGAAAAGUCUGGUUGGCCACUUACAACGAAAACCCGUACGCAUUGAAAUGCCUCAACAAAAGACAGCUUAUCGACAAUGACCAGGUUGACGGUGUGUUGCGUGAAAAGGCUUUGUUGAGCACCAUGAGCCACCCCUUCAUUUUGCCAUGUCACGGCGCUUUCCAGGACGAGGGCCAUUUGUACCUCCUUUUGGAACUCAUGCAAGGAGGAGAGCUUUUCAAUGUCAUUCAUGCCCCAAAGAACAAACGCCGUGGAAUCUCCAAUGGCGACGCUGUCUUUUACGGUGCCUGUGUCAUUUCUUCCCUGGCGCACAUGCAUCAACGGCUCAUUGCAUACCGCGAUUUGAAGCCCGAGAACAUCCUCAUUGACUCUAGUGGUUACGCAGUCAUUGUGGACUUGGGUUUUGCCAAAGUGGUUGGAAACAAGACCUACACGCUGUGCGGCACCCCGGAAUACCUCGCCCCUGAGAUCAUCACCUCCAAAGGUCAUGACAAGGCCGCCGAUUACUGGGCCUUUGGUGUUCUGGUCUACGAAAUGUUGGUGGGCCGUUCGGCAUUUUACGUGAGGGGAGCCGACAACAUUGCCCUUUUCAAGAACAUUGUCUGCGUCAAGUACAGCAUUCCCCGUGCUGUGAAUGGAUUCGCUCAAGACUUGAUCAAGAAGCUCCUGGUGCGAAACCAGGCAACUCGCCUGGGAAAUUUGAGUCGGGGUCACUUGGAUAUCAUGGAACAUGCGUGGUUCGAGAAAAUCAACUUUUUGACUUUGCCGGAGAAGCAGGUCCAGGCGCCUUGGGUCCCCGAAGUACAGGAUCCGUUUGAUGUUUCAAACUUUGAGAAGAUGAAGGACGGGAAAGAAUCCAAGAUCAAGCCAUUGUCAAAGAAGGAACAGGAGAUGUUUGCAGGUUUUUAGCGCUUUAGCUCUUGGAUUGCUCAAGGUGUUGUCCAUGUGAUGUAGAGGUGAAAAUGAAGUGUUCCUUUCUAGCUAGAGUAUCAAUGCAAGUAUCGAUUACCAACGUGGGAGAGAACAUAACAUCUUAAUUAACUUAAAAAGACAGGUACACUGUACUGGACGGAUAGCUCCUUGGUUGUGUC